AUGGCUCCUAUGGAGAUCCGUGUCUUCUCCAACUUGGUGAACAAAGCAUGGGUGAUGGAAGAAUAUGCCAAGAUAAUGGUUGCGUCCAAGGACACUCAUAGAGGAAGCAGUAGCAAAGGACGUGGCAAGUAUUACCAUCCGAGGGGUCAGAGCUUUAAGAGAGGAGGAUAUGCGCAUCAAGGUCAAGGAGGUUUCAGGAAGAACACUCAUGAUCAGUUUCAACGUGGCAAGGGAAGAGGAAGUCAGAGUGGGUGCUUUAACUGUGGCUUGCCUGGUCAUAUCGUGAGGGAUUGCACUCGUGGAAAGAUCCCGAAUGCAGGUCAGAGUCAGCACCAGGGGCGGGUUUUUGCUGUGAAUGCUAAGGAUGCUUCCAAGGUGGAUCCGUUAAUAAGAGGUAUUUGUUUAUUUGGUGAUAAGACUUUAAUUGCAUUAUAUGAUACUAGAGCAUCGCAUUCAUUUAUCUCGUUUGCUAAAGUUGAGGAGUUAGGCUUGAAUAUGUCAGAGUUACGUUUUGAUCUGCAUGUACAUAUUUCGCGUUAG